AUGGCGACAAAGAGUUUUGGUGUAUCUGGGACCAAGCUAUUGAUGGGUUUCGUGCAGCUGCACCGGGGUGCUGGGCAGUUGGAAACAGCUUGGGGUCGUUUCCGCAAUUUUUCAGCUGCUUGCAGUCGCCAGCAGCACAUUGUGCAUCAUCACGGAACUUUUUCGCCCCGGGCGAGAGGCCUUCGUCUUUAUAGCGCUAUUUCCUCGCAGACCCCUUCAGGGAACUCACACCCGGACUUUCAACCGCAGCGGAAGCAACAGCCGUCAGACGCUGACUGGGCGGACGUCAUGGAGCGCAUCGAGCGGGACGUCAUGUCGAGCAAAGUUGUUUUAUAUAUGAAGGGGGAACCCGAGGCCCCACUCUGUGGCUUCAGCUACAAAGCUGUGAGCAUCCUGAAAGCCAUGGGGGUUCCGUUCCAGUCGUAUAAUGUGCUAGCGGACCCGCUUCUACGGGAGGCGAUCAAAAAGUACAGCCAAUGGCCCACCAUACCGCAAUUAUUUGUCGAUGGCGAAUUCAUUGGAGGGAGCGAUAUUAUGGAGAGUAUGUACCGCAGUGGAGAGCUGAAACAAAUUCUGGGUGUCUACGGAAAAGCUACCUAG